UGUAACACUUUUUAUAAAGCAUUGAAUGAAGAGCAAAAAAGCGGAAAGUUUGACAACCUUAUAUGUAUGUACUCAUGCAGGCCACUAAAGUAAUUGAGUCUGUCGGAAGUUAAAGAAUUCCUUUGUCUCCUUUGCCACGUGGAUUGGGGCAUUAUCUUACUGAAAAAUUUAUUCACUGCCAUGUUAAUCACAAGCAAAAUCUAGCUGCUCACUUUCUAAUAAAUUACUUCUACAAGGUCGGAGAAAAUGUUUGGCCAUGAUGAAUUGCUAAUAUUAGAUAGGAUAACGGCACUAAAAGCUAAAAAAGUCAUCAAACUAUUAUUUUUAAACAACAACAAGUGAAUUGAGUAUUACAGUAUUCAACUGAAACGUAUGUUAAGUAUAAAUUUCUUGUUCUUAUAUUACAUUUGUAAAUGUAUAAAAAAUGUAGUAGUGUAGCAGUUUAUAUGGUAACAUGAAAAAUUGUAUGUGCAACUUUAGUAAUGUUCUUGUAUUUUCCGUUAUAGUUCAUGUUUUGUUUUAUAAAUAAAUUUAAUGAUUAUUUAAUAAACAUGAAUUGUAUACAGCCAAGGUCUCUUAAUUUAAACCAACGAAACAUAAGUAAAUAGUAUCUUUUUAAACUAUCGAAACUAUCGAGUGGUCCGACUAUCGGUAGAUUUUGCAGCUCUAGCACAUGUUUGUCGUGUAUGACGACUUUUAAGCUUAAACACAGUAUGGGCGACGACGAAAACUCGUCGUACGCAGCGACGCCGUCGGUGAUUAGAACACACGAUUGUAUAUGAAGAUGAACACAAUACGCAACGGCGGCGAAUUUCGACCGCCAUGACGAUUUUUGAGAUAGAGCUAUUUCUAAUUUUUAUCGCCGACAGCGGCGUCAAAGUAUUAAGAUUGUUUAUAUUUGGUUUUGUCAUUUAUUGUGAUAUAUUUGAGCGCGGAAUAUACACUAGCUGCGACGAAAAUCGUCCGUAUUGUGUUUUACACGGCGGCAACACUCUGCGAAAAUUCGUCCGACGGUCCGUAUUGUGUUUAAGCUAUUUAGUGAACAAUUUUUGGGCUCGACCUUGUCUUAAGUCUGGACGCUAAUUGAAGUUUUUUACAGAUAACCAUACCGGUCUAGUAUUAAACACUGUUAUUUAGCUUAAUAGAUAAAAACGUGAAGUGGUUCGAACUCAAGAAUAACCACAAAUGUUAUAUCUUUCUAUAGCAAAAUCCUGGUAAUAUUUUACAUAAUGCCAGAAAUUGUAUUUGUUUAAAGACUUUAACUCUGCAGCAUUCUAAAUUAUUCGUUUAGUAAUUUCUAUCAAUAAAACAAUAAGAACGUCAUAGUUCCCAUUAUUCGAAAACUGUCGUUAAUAGAAAUGAUAUAACUUUUUAGUAUUAUUCAAAAUUAUUAUAAAUACGAUAUCUUGAAUUAAGAAAAUCGAAUCAUUUUAUACCUGUUGUUCAAAAAAACAAAUGAUUGUGUUGCAUCCAGGGAAAUUAUGCAUAUUUCGCUGCCACAACACGUGCGAGCGAGCGACUAUUUUGACAUUUUGAUAACAUUUCGUUCAUUUCACGUUUGUUUUUAAUUUUAAAUGUGAUUUUUGGAAUUGAACACUUAAAUAAAACGCUUUAUAAUGAAAUUAUAUCCGACAUUUACAAAUAGUCGUCCCGACUUUAAAAAAUUCCCAGAUAAACUCAAUGAGCAUUUAGAAAAUUUGGGAGCACCACAUUUGAAUUCCUUCAAUGAAAUGUUAACCGAUGGCUUGACGAAUUGUGCAAAGUAUAUGACCCCAGUUAGCUUUAAAACACCAGCUGGCGAACAAAUAGAACUCCGUAUAGAAAGCAUACAAAUUGCUCGUCCACAAGUACCUAUGGCUGUAAUAGAUGUGAAGAAUCGUUUGACAUACCCUACAGAGUCAAGACAAUUACAUACCUCAUACAUGGGUAUUUGCACUGUGCGUGUGGGAUGGACAGUUAGCGGUUUGGAGAAGGCACCAAUAGAUGUUGAUCUCGGUGAGGUACCCAUAAUGCUUAAGUCUAGUGCGUGCAAUAUCGGUUCACUCAAGCCGGAGGAAAUGGUAAAACAUGGCGAACACGAUACUGAAUGGGGAGGAAUAUUUAUCAUUAAAGGCAAUGAACGUAUUAUACGUAUGUUGCUGAUGAGUAGACGCAAUUACCCAAUCGCAGUGAAACGCUCCUCAUGGAAAGAUCGCGGUGCAAAUUUUAGUGAAAUUGGCAUAAUGGUGCGCACAGUGCGAGAAGAUGAGACCUCAUAUAACAAUGUAUUACACUUUCUCAACAACGGAACUGCAAAACUUAUGUUUUCCCAAAUGAAAAUGAUGUCAUAUAUACCGAUAUGUCUUAUAUUACGCUGUUUGAUGGACUUUACUGAUGAACAGAUUUACUGCCACCUAGUACGUGGUUAUGAAAAAGAUCAGUAUUAUGUAUCAUGUGUACAGACAAUGCUUAGAGAUGUGCACGGUGAGGGAUUGCAUACGCAUAAGGAUUGUAAAUCUUAUUUGGGAAAGAUUUUCCGUUCAAAAUUCCCUGAAGUGCCCGAAUGGAAAACCGAUGCAAAUAUUACUGACUUCAUUCUAAAUGAAAGAAUACUCAUACACUUGAAAACACAUAGAGAAAAGUUCGAUAUGUUAGUAUUUAUGGUGCAAAAAUUGUUUCAAUGUGCACAAGGAAACUAUAAAAUCGAAAAUGUAGAUUCGGUUAUGAUGCAAGAGGUUCUACUUUCUGGUCACUUGUAUCAGAAAUUUUUAGCUGAUCGUAUUGAACUAUGGCUACAAUAUGCGAAAAAGUAUUUACUUCGACGUUUAGAAGCCCCAGACGCGCUCAUAACCCCAACUCUGCUUAUAAAUUGUUUACGAACUGCAGGCGGGGUUUCGCACGCCAUGGAAUCCUUCCUCGCUACCGGUAAUGCGCCUUCGCGUUCUGGAUUGGGUCUGAUGCAGAAUUCUGGUUUGGUUGUGAUGGCAGAAAAUAUAAAUCGCAUUCGUUACAUGUCACAUUUUCGUGCAGUACAUCGUGGUUCAUACUUUACCACAAUGCGUACAACCGAAGCACGUCAAUUGUUACCGGAUGCUUGGGGCUACAUUUGUCCCGUCCAUACGCCUGAUGGUGCACCUUGUGGUUUGCUUAAUCACUUGACUGUAUCUUGUCGCAUAUCGUGCAUACCGAAAAAAGAGCUAGUUAAGGCUAUACCCAAAUACCUAAUAGAAAUGGGCAUGAUACCGUUAGAUUCGGAAGUCUACGAUUCAAAUGCCAAGUUAUUUGUUGUCUUUCUGGAAGGCAGACUGUUAGGGCACAUUCGCCAAGCAGAUGCAGACAAAAUAGUAAAUAAACUGCGUUUGCUAAAGAUUGAAGGACACCUACCUGAAAUGAUGGAAAUUGCCUACAUACCUUAUAAAGCUAAGGGCCAGUUUCCAGGUUUAUUUCUUUUUGUUGGACCAGCACGCCUAAUGCGUCCAGUGAAGAAUUUAGCGCUUGGAAAAAUUGAAUACAUUGGCUCGCUGGAGCAAGUGUACAUGGAUAUUGCCAUUGAUUUGAAAGAGUUUUAUCCUGGCUUCACAACACAUAUGGAAUUGUCAAAGACCGAAUUUCUUAGCAACUUGGCAAAUCUAAUACCAAUGCCGGACUACAAUCAAUCGCCAAGAAACAUGUAUCAGUGUCAGAUGGGUAAGCAAACUAUGGGCACGCCAUGUCUUAACUGGCCCAAGCAGGCAGCUAACAAGUUGUACCGCUUGCAAACGCCCACAACACCGCUCUUCCGACCAGUGCAUCACGACAAUGUUCAACUCGAUGACUUUGCCAUGGGCACCAACGCUAUAGUGGCAGUUAUUUCAUACACCGGCUACGAUAUGGAGGAUGCCAUGAUAAUAAACAAGUCUGCACAUGAGCGUGGCUUCGCAUAUGGCAGCAUAUAUAAAUCGAAAUUCAUCGAAUUGGAUGGUGCAAGUUAUUUUGUGCGUAGUCCACAUUUGCCAGAGUUGAAUAAGAUAUUGGACAAUGACGGUUUGCCACAUGCUGGCACAAAACUUUGGCAUGGUUGCCCUUUCUACUGUUACUUUGACGCUGACACCUCCACAUAUAAAGUUGUAAAAUUAGACGAAAAGGAAGAUUGCGUUGUGGAUAGCGUACGCUAUUGCGGCAGCUUUAAGGCGAACGUACGCCGUAUGGUAUGCGUAACUCUACGCAUACCACGUCCACCCACAAUAGGAGACAAAUUCGCUUCACGUGCUGGACAAAAAGGCAUCUGUUCACAACGUUAUCCGGCCGAGGAUUUGCCAUUCAGUGAAACCGGACUUAUACCAGACAUUGUUUUCAAUCCUCACGGUUUCCCUUCGCGUAUGACAAUAGCUAUGAUGAUCGAAACAAUGGCGGGCAAAAGUGCUGCCUUACAUGGUCUCGUACACGAUGCAACACCAUUCCGCUUUUCGGAGAAACACACCGCAAUCGAUUAUUUUGGACGCUUACUAGAGGCCGGUGGUUAUAAUUACUACGGCACUGAACGCCUUUACUCCGGCGUAGAUGGCCGUGAAAUGACGGCAGACAUAUUCUUUGGCGUGGUACAUUAUCAGCGGCUGCGUCACAUGGUGUUCGACAAGUGGCAGGUGCGUUCAACUGGUCCCGUCGAUGCCAUAACACAACAGCCCAUAAAGGGUCGUAAACGUGGUGGUGGUGUACGUUUCGGUGAGAUGGAACGCGAUGCUUUAAUAUCACAUGGCGCCGCCUUUCUGCUGCAAGAUCGGCUUUUCCACAACUCCGAUAAGACGCAUACAUUAGUGUGCAGCAAAUGUGGCAGUAUAUUAGCACCGCUGAAGAAGAUUAUUAAGCGCACAGAGACUGGUAAAUUACAAUCGAUGCCGGACACAUGCCGCUUGUGCGGUGAUGGCGCUGCUGUGGGAUACAUUGAAAUACCAUUCUCUUUCAAAUAUUUAGUAACCGAGCUAAGUUCGGUGAACAUAAAUGCGAGAUUUAAGUUGAUGACUAUCUAAUGUUUAAUGAAUAUGCAUAAAAAUGUGUGUAAACAAAAAAGUGUUAUAAUAAAGAAAGUAAUUUCUUAAAUUUAUAUACUAAAA